AUCACCGCAGCCUUUCGAGCCUGUGCUCUCAUCUGUGCUGCCGCCUCACGCAGCUCCAACACAAGCGUCCCAACCUGAGAGUCAAACGUCCAGUCUGCAAGAGUUAAACGAACAACACGUCAUGGCUGCUCCUGUUUUCACAAAGAGACUGCAGGACCUGGUGGCGUCAGAAGGGCAGCUGGUGGUGCUAGAGUGCCGUGUGAAGGGAGUGCCAUCACCCAGAGUGGACUGGUACAAAAAAGCAAAACUCAUUGAGGACUCUCCUGACUUCAGGAUCCUGCAGAAAAAGCCCAGAUCUCCAGCCGAACCAGAAGAAAUAUGUACGUUGGUCAUUGCUGAGGUGUUAUCUGAGGAUACGGGGAUGUUUAAGUGCACGGCCAGCAACUGCUAUGGAAUAACGUCCAGUGACGCAGAGUUGAAGAUCAAAGGAAAUGGUGGUAACAACCAUGCAAUUCAGCCUUUUUGCACUUUAACUGUGGAGCCCAGUCGAGUCCAAGAACCUCCCGCAUCAGAUCUCACCUCCCCGCCUGUAAAACCUCACACAGACCUUAUUUUGACUAAUAACAUCAAGCCUCACUCCAGCACCAUCCGCCUGGAUCCACUUGUCAACAGCACUUUACGUCUGGAUCCGUUAAACACCAGCACACUUCGUCUGCAACCCAACAGCUCCAGUAUGCUGCGUCCAGACCCUUCUUGUGCCAGCCUGCCUGGUUUGGAUCCCAACAGUCUCAACGCUCGCAGCGUUAGUACCCCUAACUUAGACCCGUUCGGCUUCCACCAGGAGGCACCACAGAGUCCAAGACAGCCCAAACCCUUCACUUCCAUACCUAUGGUUAAUCAGGAGGUGUCCAGACCUGCACCUGACACAAGCCCCAAUCUCAAAGCACCUCUAAACAGUCCUGAAACCUUUGUUACGUUGCCCCUCCCCGACCCGCCUCCAAACUCCUGCCUGAAGUCGGGCGUCUUUACAAACCCCAAAGAGUUACGUUCUAGCUCCAAAGUCGGUCUGCGUGUACAUUUCAGACUCCCUGAAGAAGAGGAGAAUGAGCAAAGUGACAUGUCUGCUCCACCUGAUGAAGAGACUUCUGAUGACUUGUUCGACAAAGGACCCCCACCAGUGCUGGCAAAACCCAGACUGGAUCCUGCUCAGCUGCAGAUCCUUCACAACCAAGUUCUCCUGGAGCAGCAGCAGGACGGCGAGCCCCCGACUCAAACCCACAAUCAGCCUUCACUCCAGGUUAAGCCAGCAGAAGCUUGUGAGGGUCCGCCCUGGUCCCACAGAGAAAACCGUGAUUCCCAUGCGCCCUAUCGUAACACCACCUCGCAGAUGACACCUAAAUCUACACCUGCACCUGCGAUCAACAUUGCUGCACCUCCAUCCAUCUCCUCCCUGGUGACGUCCCCUCCACCUAUCCCACGCUUAGGCGCAACCCCACCUGUCAAUGCAGCACCUUUGACCCAGAUGAACACCAUCCACGCCUCCCAUCUCAAUCUGUCUGCAGCGGUUCUAGCCAGAAGUGCACCGACCCCACAAUUCUUCCCCCAGCCGGCGUCCAACGCCAGUCCGAGCUCAAGAGAUCCAACGCCGGCCUCCCAACAGCACAUCGUGUCCCCAGCCGCCCUGCUGAGAAGCACCCACGCCUCUCUCAUGAACCUGACCCCGACCUCGCAGACCUUCAACUACGCCCGCCCUAAAGAGUUCAUCACUGCUCAGACCGUCAGGAGUCUCUCGCCAACACAAUCCCCUGUCCCGCUUCUCCAUGAGCUCGCAGCUGAGCUCAACUCCACGGCGGCCAGCUCGCCAACGCUCCCGCCAUUCUCUCCCCCGGUUAGAACCUUCCACACAAGAGUGCUGCAAUCCCCCACCAGUCCGCCGUCACUCGUAUCCUCACCCACGCCGGGCUUUAGCAGCGCCUACACCUUCAGGGCCCAAUCGCCUCCCCAGGCCUCCUCACCCACCUCCAGCAGCUCCACCCCAAGCCCCAUCCAGAACCCAGUGGCUUUCCUGAGCUCCAUCCUGCCUUCCCUGACCUCGUUUCAGCCCACAAACUCCAUGGGCCUUCCCAGAGGAGCUCCUUUAGGGUUGAACAAGAAGGUACCGAAGACGCGUCUUCCGACGACUGAGAGCAUUCGUGAGAGCAAAGAAGCUCUUCUUCAUGAUAUUGAGAAAAAACUGCAAAGUAAAGAUGAUCUUCCCCUUUUUGCCCACCAACAGAAGCUGAGUAAUGAGGGGAAAACAGCCCGCAGACGCCUUGUUGGACCAAACAUUCCAGCUACUGUCAUUAACUAUGAUGAGGAGUACAAAGUUUCCAAUUUUGAGCAGAGAUUAAUGAGCGAGAUCGAGUUCCGCUUAGAGCGAACGCCCGUGGAGGAGUCGGACGACGAGGUGCAACAUGACGACGUCCCCUCCGGGAAAUGCAUCGCGCCCAUCUUUGACAAGAAACUGAAGAACUUCAAAGCCAUGGAGGGCGUGCCUGUCACUUUCUCCUGUAAAGUUGUUGGCAUCCCCAUUCCAAAGGUGUACUGGUUCAAGGACGGCAAGCAGAUUUUGAGGAAUAAUGUCCAUUACAAGAAGAUAAGAGAAGGUGAUGGUACGUGUGCUUUACACAUAGAGUCUACAAUCGCUGACGAUGACGGAAACUACACCAUAAUGGCAGCAAAUCCACAGGGACGAAUCAGCUGUUCGGGUCAUUUGAUAGUCCAAACAGGACCACCCCGAAGUCGCCUGACCCCCAUUAACUCUCAGAGGGUACGAUCUCGCAUCCAGGAAGUUGAAGGGGAGAAAACCCAGGAGCAUAUUUUCCGACCUCACUUCCUCCAGGCUCCAUCAGACACGACGGUACACGAGGGGAGGGUCUGCAGACUCGACUGUAAGGUGAGUGGCCUGCCCAACCCUGAGCUCAUGUGGUUGGUGAACGGUAGGCCCAUCUAUCCAGACCUCUACCACAAGAUGCUGGUGCGGGAAAACGGCAUCCACUCCUUGGUCAUUGACCCCCUGACACAGAAUGACGCUGGCACCUACACCUGCAUUGCAAGCAACAAAGCAGGGCAGGCCUCGUUCAAUCUAGAGCUCCAAGUUGUGGAAAAACAGAUGAAACAACCUCCUCAGUUUGUGGAGAAGCUGCAAAACGUGGGGAUCCCCGAGGGGAGCCCCGUUAGGCUCGAGUGUCGGGUGAAGGGCAUGCCACAACCCAUUAUUUUCUGGAAAAAGGACAAUGACACCAUACCCAAAACAAAGAGCAGAAUGAGCAUGCAACAGGAGGCCACAGGAUACGUGUGUCUCCUCAUCCAGCCAACCGCCAAAGAGGAUGCUGGCUGGUACACCGUGUCGGCCAAAAACGAGUCCGGAAUUGCAUCGUGCACCUGCAGGCUGGACAUCUAUGCACAGUGGCACCAGAGCGUGCCUGCGCCCGUGAAGAAGACUCCACGCACGGGCAGCCGCUACGCCGUUCUGACAGGCCAAGGGCUGGACAUCAAGUCGACUUUCCCCACAUCGGUGACCGGCCCCUUCCUCUUCUCCAGUUCCCCUCCCGAGGCCACGCUGGAGAGCGACGAGCUGUAAAGCAGCGUCUCCUGAUGAUGGCAGGUCGUCACGGCGUGUGUGUGAUGCGUUUGACGUGAGGCACUCAGAGAAAAGGGUAAAACACCGUGUCGCCAUUCCGGUUUACUAAGGUCAUAUCACGAGUGUUUCACAACAAUUUUGCAAAGUCUUAACUCAUGAGCCAUCAAUGGAGUUGAAUUUGCCCUCCAAUUAUUCAAAUUUUUUUUGUUUGGUUUUUUUUUUUUUUACAGUUGACAAAGUUCAUCAUUGAAUUCAAGUAUCUCAUCUUUAUUGGAAGCAGCGCCUUUAUUUUCCCUUGCCGACCCGUAAUUUAUAUUACAUUUAUACAAAGGCUUUUAAAAUACGUUGUUUAGUCAAGUUUCUGCAUCAUUUCUGUAAAACGAUUCACCUUUUUGCACCGUGUUGUGAAUGCAUGUUGACGGCUACUGGUGUUCCAGAACACAUUCAUUUUGUUGAAACUGAGAAAGGAAGAACGUUUGUUUUGUAGUAAGGUGAGAGAUUUAAAAAAAAUUAUGGGCAAUGUCAUGAUUUAGUGCGUUUAAUAGUGAGUUUUAAAAUACAUAUGAUUUCCUGAUGUAAUGUUGCACACUGUAAAAUAGUUUUGU